GCUGCACGCAUGCGUGUACGGACCAUCCGACGUACGUGCUGUACGUGAACGCCGCGCCGAAGAACUAUAGGCCUACCUACAUAAUCUACUACCAGUACUAUCGUGAUCGUCCAUCAAUCCGGAAUCAGCUGAAGCAGUGUGAAUUGCAGAUACACAAUCAUGGUCAAGGUUGGCAUAAAUGGAUUUGGUCGCAUUGGUCGCUUGGUGUUGCGAGCUGCCCUUCUGAAAAGUGACAUUCAAGUUGUCGCAAUAAAUGACCCCUUCAUUGAUCCUGAUUACAUGGUUUACAUGUUCAAGUAUGACUCGACCCAUGGCAUGUUUCCAGGGACAAUCACAAGGAAAGGGGAUGAUAUCCUUGUCGUGAACAAUACGCACAUCAAAGUUUUCUCCAAGAAAGACCCAUCUGCAAUUCCUUGGGGUGAUAGUGAGGCAGAGUAUGUUGUUGAAUCCACUGGUGUGUUUACCACCAUUGAGAAAGCUGGAGCACAUAUCAAAGCAGGUGCAAAGAAAGUCAUUAUAUCUGCACCUUCUGCCGAUGCUCCCAUGUUUGUAAUGGGUGUCAAUCAUAAAGAGUACAAGACAGACAUGGACAUUGUAAGUAAUGCUUCCUGUACAACCAAUUGUUUGGCACCCUUGGCCAAGGUGAUUGAUGACGCAUUUGGGAUAACCGAGGGACUGAUGACAACGGUGCAUGCUUAUACUGCUACUCAAAAGACUGUGGAUGGACCGAGUGCAAAGAAAUGGCGUGAUGGUCGUGGUGCUCACCAAAACAUCAUCCCAGCAUCCACCGGUGCAGCCAAGGCUGUUGGCAAAGUUAUUCCCAAGCUUCAGGGAAAACUUACAGGAAUGGCUUUCCGUGUUCCGGUGCCGGAUGUUUCUGUUGUUGAUCUGACUGUUCGUCUGAACAAGCCAGCAUCCUAUGAUGACAUAAAAGGAGCCAUCAAAGCAGCUGCAGAAGGUCCACUCAAAGACAUUCUGGGAUAUACAGAAGAACAGGUUGUGUCUAUGGAUUUUCGUGGAGAUACCCGCUCCAGUAUAUUUGAUGCUGCUGCAGGAAUUGCUCUCAAUGACAACUUUGUUAAGUUAGUUUCAUGGUAUGACAAUGAAUAUGCGUACAGCUUCCGUGUGGUGGAUCUGAUUGCGUACAUGGCUUCUGUGUAACAACCCAACGGUUAUUUUCGUGGCAGAUUUAUGUUUUUGUAGUUUUUUGGUUUUUGUUAGGGAUUGAUGAGAGUACUAGAAAUGCAGUUAAUAAUCUAAAUUGAAAGGCUUAUGUUUGGACUAGCUCACCUCAAACACAUUAGAUUGAACUACCUUUUCUCCAAUUGGGUGUCGUUCAAAGAAAACAAGUUUAAAAAGAACUUGUCUCAUUCAUAAUUGAAUGUUAAUGUAUCAAUUUAUUUCCUGGUACGUAAACUCAUCCUUUACAAAUAUUCUAAUAAUAUUAAACUAAUCAAUGUUUGAACAUUUUAAAGAAAUAAUACAUGUAAGAUUAAUAUUGUAAAAAUCUUACCUUCUUUGAUGUGUUACACUGGUAAACAUAAUUCUGUCCCUACCCAAUUUUGGGUGAUGUUACAUUUACUGGUUGAAUUUCAGACAAAUUUGUAAGAAAAUCUCACUGCUUUAUAGAGGAGGUAUUUAGGAUGCUCUUUGCAGAUACAACACAGAUGAAUCUGCUGCAUUUCUGGUCCAUCACAAAAAUAGAAUUGGUGGAGUGCCAGAAAAGUAUGAAAUGUCGCUAUAAAUAUUAUGCAUUGGGCAAAUGACAAAUAAGAUCCUCAUUACUCUGGCACACAAUAGAAAAUUUCAAGAGGAUUUAUUAAACAAAUAAUUCAAUCAUUCUUAAAAACAAAAGGAAAAAACAGGAUUGCAUUUAAAGGGACGUUACGGCCUGGAAUGCGCCCAAUCUGGGCUACAAAACUCAUUUUAAACGAAACGAUAUUAAAUAGAGCAUUUAAGGAAAAUGUAAACAUCCAUACAACCAUCCUUUAAAAACUGGGCAUUUUUUUGUUAUUCUUGUGAGAACCAUGCAAGAACAAAUUGGGGGGGGGGGGGUUUAACAUUUUGUCUCGGAAACAUCGAGCUGUUCAGUGCUAGAAGUGAUCAAGCUGCACAGUGGUUUGCAUUCUGUGGACGUGUAAAAUACAUUUGUGUAUUGGGCUGCGUAUAUAAUGUACCACACACACAACGUGUCGUGUACAUUGAAUAGUACCACUCGGGAACUGUAAGACAUUAGGUUGGUUUCCUUUCAACCAGACAUUUGAAAUAGUACAAGUAAACAAUCCAAAACAUGACAUUUUGGGGAUUUCAGGUCGUAAUGCCCCUUUAAGACUUAAUCGAAACAUCUGAAUCAUAUGGUCCUGAUAGAAAUGAUUCUAUCGAUCACUUGAUAGAAUCCCAAUCAAAUUUUUAGCAUUUUGAAAAGAGGGCUUUGACAGAAAUUUGUGCAUGCAGGGCUUUGAUAGUUAUAUUAAUAUGAAAACACAUUAGUGAGAAGUAUAAAUUAAAAACAAUAAUAAAUCAUGUUAGGUUAACAGUUGGAAUGUUACCUUAACCUUGCAAAAAUGUUUCAUUGUCUUUGAAACUCUUUAGACCGUGUUGUCCAUAAAUGCAUAUACCGCUACCACUAUCCACCUGGUGAACAAUUGUACACCAAAUGAUAUAAGUGUAACUAAGGGAGGAUGGAGAGUUAUGAAAUGACAAUAAUUCAAAGAUGUAAGUGCACAUUCAAACUCGGUACUCAUAUUGUAAGGGUCAUUUCUUCAUGUUGG